AAUGUUCGAUUCUGUGGUCUCCGGUAUUAGUUUUAAAUUUUCAUACCUGGCCAAUAAAAUAUAGAAAAAGUUUGAUUUGAAUCAUUAAAAACAAAAUAAAGACAAUUAUUUGAAAUCUGGAUUAUAUUUUACUUAACGGUUAUGGGACCUAAAAAAAGAUCUCUCACCCAGCCAUCACCAAACCGGCAGAAAAUCGGUAGGAUUUCAAGUACACAACCAAGUAUUCAUGAAAGUUUCGCAUCUAGUACGAAUAACACAAAUGAACUUAAUGAUGAAGCAAAUGAAGUUAUUCGAUUAAUUAUUUAUCAAAUGGGUAAAAAACUUCCUAUUCGUAAAAAUGAUUUACAGAAACACAUUCAAAGAACAGUGGGUAAAAGUUUUGAUCGAGUUCUAGAAAUAGUAUCAAAUACUUUAGAGAAGGUGUAUGGUUACAAAAUGAUUUUGAGUGAUAGUGGUAACAAGUAUUACUUUUUAAGUAAUAAUCUUCCUUAUGUAGAGGAAGAUCCAGAAAACCAAGAAAUGUCAGAAUUACCAGAAGAUCGGCAGAAAAUUUUGUUGCUGCUUAUAUUAACUCACAUUUAUAUGUCUUCAAAUGUUGUUUCUCAGGCAUCUUUGUAUUCCUUUUUAAGAUCCUUACAUAUUGAUCCAGAAAGGAGGCAUGAAAUUUUUGGUGAUGUUAAGGAAUAUAUAACUGUAAAUCUUGUGAAACAGCAUUAUUUGACUAUUGAAAAAGAUCCAACAUCACAAGAAAUAUCUUAUUCAUGGGGAGAUAGAGCAGAAAAAGAAAUUUCUAAAAUGGAAAUUCUCGACUUAGUUUGUAAGGUUAUUAAAGGUAUUAAUCCAAAAUCUUGGUCGACUCUGUAUGAGACUGCAAUGAACCAACCAUUAGAAAACCACAGAAAUGAGGUCGAAACAGUGAAUAAUGAAGAAUAAGUAUUUUAAUUGAAAAUGAUAUAUCAGUUUACGAAUUGAAAUGUUUUAAUUUUAUAUAAAGAAGAAGGAUAUCUAUAUA